GGUUGUCAAGCGAUUGUGGUGGGGGGACAAGCAUCUAUUAAAGGGAGAUAACAAGAUUUCGCGAAAAUAUUUUAUAUAAAAGGUACGCAUGCGCAUUAAAUGCACUUCCGUAUUGUGCUGCAAAAUACAUCUAACUUCUCGUAAUUAGCACACUUUUAUAUAAUUAUAACUACAGUAUCCUUUAUAAAAUAAUAACGAUAUCAGAUGACAUUGGCAUAACAGAAGAUACAUUCUCAGUAUUUAUCUUUCAAAAACUAAAGGAAAAUUUUAUACUGAACAGAUCUAUAGCAUUGUUUCUAUAAAGCUGUGGUAGAAUUCGUUUACAGUAUUUGUUCUGAGCUGAGAUUAUUAGCAAAAUUUCUGCGCAUCAGUGACAGGAAUGUCAGCAAAAUGAGCUUGAGCUCUGAUUAAACUUGAAUAAAAUUACAAAAGAGUUGUUCGACAAAGUCAACCCUGGACAGAAAUACAGCUGUAGAAAUAUUUGUAUGGAAUAAAAUAUUAGAACAAAAGCAAGAAAAAAUAUGCACAUUGGGAUUUGAGAAGAAAACAUAAUGGAAAAGAGGGAGAAACUUAAAGAAUUGACUUUUCCUAAAGACAUAAUACAGGAGAUAAGGAAAUUGUCACAUGACUGUGAUGUCUGUAAAAAGUCCUUCUCUCAGAAAUGUCACCUAACUAUGCACAAAUGUAUUCAUACAAGAGAAAAGUCUUAUCAUUGCGAUAUCUGUGGUAAAUCGUUCUCUCAAAAUACUGACUUAAUUGUACACAAACGUAUUCAUACAGGAGAGAAGCCAUAUCAUUGUGAUAUCUGUGGUAAAUCAUUCUCUCAGAGUGGUAGCUUAACUACACACAAACGUAUUCAUACAGGAGAGAAGCCAUAUCACUGUGAUAUCUGUGGUAAAUCAUUUUCUCAAAGUAAUAAAUUAAUUGCACACAAACGUAUUCAUACUGGGGAGACACCUUAUCAUUGUGAUGUCUGUGGUAAGUCAUUCUCUCAGAAUAAUGACUUAGUUGUACACAAACGUGUUCAUACAGGAGAGAAGCCUUAUCACUGCGAUAUCUGUGGUAAUUCCUUCUCUAAACGUAAUAAUUUAACUACACACAAACAUAUUCAUACUGGGGAGACACCAUAUCAUUGUGAUCUCUGUGUUAAAUCAUUUUCUAAAAGUAGUCACUUAACUGCACAUAAACGUAUUCAUACUGGAGAGAAGCCAUAUCAUUGUGAUAUUUGUGGUACAUCAUUUUCCCAGAGUGGUCACUUAAUUACACACAAGCGUAUUCAUACAGGAGAAAAGCCAUAUCAGUGUGAUAUCUGUAGUAAAUCUUUCUCUCAAAAUAGUCAUUUAACUAUACAUGAACGUUUUCACACAGGUGAGAAGCCAUUUCACUGUGUAAUCUGUGGUAAAUCAUUCUCCAACAGUAGUGAUGUAACUAAACACAAACGAAUUCAUACAGGAGAGAAGCCAUAUCACUGUGAUGUCUGUGAUAAAUUAUUCUCUGAGAGUAGUACCUUGACUUCACACAAACGUACUCAUGAAAGAGAGAAGGUAUAUCAUUGUGAUGUCUGUGCUAAAUUAUUCUCUGACAGUCAUGCCUUGACUUUACACAAACGUACUCACACAGGAGAGAAAACACAUUGCUGUGAUAUCUGUAAUAAAUCAUUCUCUCAAAAUAGUAACUUAAUAAAACACAAGCGUAUUCAUACAGGAGAGAAACCAUAUCACUGUGAUAUCUGUGGCAAAUCCUUCUCUCAAAAUAGUUCCUUAACUCCACACAAACGUACACAUACAGGAGAGAAGCCUUAUCACUGUGAUGUCUGUGGUAAAUUGUUCUCUUACAGUAGUCACUUAACUAAACACAAAUGUAUUCAUACUGGAGAGAAAGGAAAUGGAAGGAAAGCUAGAACAAUAUAUAUACAUUGUGAUUUGAGGAGAAAAAUAAUGGAAAAGAGUGAGGAGGUUGAAGAAUUGAUUUCUCAUGAAGACAUGAUAAAAGAGAUAAGAAAGUCUUCAUAUGACUGUGAUGUCUGUAAAAGGUCCUUCUCUCGAAAAAGUGACCUCACUGAACACAAACAUAUUCAUACAAGAGAGAAUCUGUAUCACUGUGAUGUCUGUGGUAAAUCAUUUUCUCUGAAACGUAGCCUAACUGUACACAAAUAUAUUCAUACAAGAGGAAAGCUAUAUCCUUGUGAUGUCUGUGGUAAAUCAUUCUAUCGCAGUUGUCACUUAACUAGACACAAACGUAUUCAUACAGGAGAGAGAUUGUAUCAUUGUGGUAUCUGUGGUAAAUCAUUCUCUCAAAGUGCUCAUUUAACUGCUCACAGACGUAUUCAUACAGGAGAGAAGCCGUAUCAUUGUGAUAUCUGUGGUAAAUCAUUCAGUGAGAAUGGUACAUUAUCUGCACACAAACGUUGUCAUACAGGAGAGAAACCAUAUCACUGUGAUAUUUGUGGUAAAUCAUUCACUGUCAGUUCUGCUUUGACUGUACACAAACGUCUUCAUACUGGAGAGGAAGCAUAUCAUUGUGAUAUCUGUGGUAAAGCAGUCUCUCAAAAUAGUGAGCUAAAAAAACACAGACGUGUUCAUACGGGAGAGAAACCAUUUAAUUGUGAUAUCUGUGGUAAAUCAUUGUCUGAUAGCAGUGCUUUAAUUGUACACAAACGUAUUCAUACAGGAGACAAGCCACAUCAUUGUGAUGUUUGUGGUAAAUCAUUCUCUGACAGUAGCACUCUUUCUUCACACAAACGUAUUCAUACAGGAGAGAAACCAUAUCAGUGUGAUAUCUGUGGUAAAUCAUUCACCCAGAGUAGUACAUUAACUGGUCACAAACGUAUUCAUACAGGAGAGAAGCCAUAUUGCUGUGAUAUCUGUGGUAAAUCAUUCUCUCAAAACGGUUAUUUAACUGUCCAUAGACGUAUUCAUACUAGAGAGAGGCCAUAUCAUUGUGAUAUCUGUGGUAAAUCAUUCUCUGUUGUUAGUGACUUAAAUAUACACAAAAGUAUUCAUACAGAAGAGAAACCAUUUCAGUGUGAUAUCUAAAGUGACUCAUUCUCUCACAGUAGCACUGUGACUUCUCAUAAACGUACUCGUAUUACAGUUUCUAUGGUUUUUUUUCUGUAAACGUCUUCUUUGUAAUAUUCGUCUGACUUAAGUAAAGGAGAUUAGGACUUUGAAACUAAUGUAUAGCCAAAGA